GCCCUAUCCGACCGCGGCCUACCCAGAAACUUCACGUACAGGUGCAGAUCAGCAGGUACAGAGCACAGAGGCACGUCCUGGUUGUUGUCGGCGUCAGGUGCCUACGGCGGCGUCAAAUGAUGGGGAGGCAACCUGCGGCAACAAAGCAGAGGGCACACUGUUGGAUUGGAGGCUAUCAGCUUGCUUGCAAUGCAAUACGAGGAGCAGAGCAGGUGUCUCCAUGGAUGCAAGCCAGGAUGUGUUGGACUGGGACUGGGAGGUGGUCAUGCCAGACCACAGGAGCUUCUCCACGAGCCAAAGCCAUGGCAGCAAGAAUCUUGACGACAAAGAAACAGAGGAGCAUGAUCUGCUGUCUCCGUCGGGAAACUUUGAUGAUGUGCAAGUCGAGUGCAAGGACAUCGGCGUCGUGCUGGAUGAGACCUGCAAAUCCGUCGUGCCUAGUGUUGUCGAUCCGAUAAUGGCUCCUGACGGUGGCGAGGAAGAGAAGGCGAUCCAGAGCCCUGAUCCGAUAAUGGCUCCCGACGGCAAGUUUGCUCAAGAGGAGGAGGAGGAUGAAGAAGAUAUCAAGGACGGCGACGAUAAGGUUGGAGCCCUGAUCGGCGCGCUGUGCUCGUUUGGGGUCGCAGCCGCCACCGCCUGCGUCUUUCUCAUCGGCGGCAGGCUGCAUCAUCACCACACGCAGCACCACAAAUUUCAGCUGCAGUUCUUCGGCGAUGAUAAGAGGAUCCAGCAAGUUGUGCGCCAGACGUCAAGGCUGAACCAGAAGGCCAUGUCGUUUGCGAUGGGGGCAGGAGCGUCACGACAUUUUGGAAGGGCACGUGUAAAACGUAGCAAAAACAUUAAUUACUAAUAUGUAUAUAUAUGUAAUAUGUAUAUACAUAAUAAUAUAUAUAUUGUUCGUCA